GGCGCUUGCAUUGCCUGGCUUAGGGGCCACGCUGACAUCGCCCCCCCGAGGGCCUGGCUGCAGCCCCAGAGUCCCCAGGGUGGCCUGGAGCCCUGGACGGUGCCAGCAGCUGGACGGAGCGCCCUGGCUGAGGCCCAGGUGGGUGGCAGAGCAAAGGAGGAAUGGACUGUGGGUCACCUGCCACCCUCCAGUCCCACCUGGCUGGGCCACCUGGCACUGCCCACCACCCAGUGGCUGUGUGCCAGCAGGAGAGUCUGUCCUUUGUGGAGCUGCCCACCCUGCAGCCUCCGAGCCCUGUCUGUCUGGACCUCUUCCCCGUUGCCCCGGAGGAGCUGCGGGCUCCCGGCAGUCGCUGGUCCCUGGGGACCCCUGCUCCCCUCCAAGGACUGCUAUGGCCACCAUCCCCAGGAGGCCCCGACACCGAGAUCACCCCCAGCGGUGGGAUGCGGCCAAGCAGGGCUGGCAGCUGGCCGCACUGCCCCGGUGCUCAGCCCCCAGCUCCGGAGGGACCCUGGAGUCCCCAGCACCCACAGCCCCAGCGCCGGGCCAGCCAUGGCUCAGAGAAGAAGUCAGCCUGGCGCAAGAUGCGGGUGUACCAGUGUGAGGAGACCGCUGGCAGCCCCGAGGCCCAGGCCGCCCUCCUGGAGCAUGGCCGGGCAGCGAGGGAGCAGGCUCUGAGCACCGAGGAGCCCAGGCCACCGGAGCUGUCCGGGCCCACCCGAGUGGGCCUCGAGGGGCCUGAGCGGAGGCGCUUCUCAGCGUCUGAGCUGAUGACCCGGCUGCACUCCUCCCUGCGUCUGGGGCGGAACUCGGCCGCCAGGGCCCUGACCUCAGGGUCAGGCACCGGAGCAGUCCGGGAAGGGAAAGCGUCAGGAAGGGAGUCCCGCAGUGGAGAGAUGAAGGUGGUUGGCAUCGCGCCGCCAGCCCCCGUUGACCCCGCUGAGGGCCACGGCGGCUGGACCGAGCCCAGGCUGGACUCUCAGGAAGAGCCGACUCUGGGUUCGAGAAGCAGCAGCGAGCGGCGCCAGUCGCGGUUCCUCCUUAAUUCGGUCCUCUACCAGGAAUACAGCGACGUGGCCAGCGCCCGCGAGCUGCGGCGGCAGCAGCGCGAGGAGGAGGGCCCGGGGGACGAGGCCGAGGGCGCGGAGGAGGGGCCGGGGCCGCCGCGCGUCAACCUCUCCCCCAGCAGCUCCUUCCGGGCGCAGCGCUCGGCGCGAGGCUCCACCUUCUCGCUGUGGCAGGACAUCCCCGACGUGCGCGGCAGCGGCGUCCUGGCCACGCUGAGCCUGCGCGACUGCAAACUGCAGGAGGCCAAGUUUGAGCUGAUCACGUCCGAGGCCUCGUACAUCCACAGCCUGUCGGUGGCCGUGGGCCACUUCUUGGGCUCGGCGGAGCUGAGCGAGUCUCUGGGGGCUCAGGACAAGCAGUGGCUGUUCUCCAAACUGCCCGAGGUCAAGAGCACCAGCGAGAGGUUCUUGCAGGAGCUGGAGCAGCGGCUGGAGGCGGACGUGCUGCGCUUUAGCGUGUGCGACGUGGUACUGCGCCACUGCCCGGCCUUCCGCCGCGUCUACCUGCCCUACGUCACCAACCAGGCCUACCAGGAGCGCACCUACCAGCGCCUGCUCUUGGAGAACCCCAAAUUCCCUGGCAUCCUGGCUCACCUGGAAGAGUCCCCCGUGUGCCAGCGUCUGCCCCUCACGUCCUUCCUCAUCCUUCCCUUCCAAAGGAUCACCCGCCUCAAGAUGCUGGUGGAGAACAUCCUGAAGCGGACAGCACAGGGUUCCGAAGACGAAGACAUGGCCACCAAGGCCUUCAAUGCACUCAAGGAGCUGGUGCAAGAGUGCAACGCCAGCGUGCAGUCCAUGAAGAGGACCGAGGAGCUCAUCCACCUGAGCAAGAAGAUCCACUUUGAGGGCAAGAUCUUCCCACUGAUCUCUCAGGCCCGCUGGCUGGUGCGACACGGGGAGCUGGUGGAGCUGGCACCGCUGCCUGUGGCACCCCCUGCCAAGCUGAAGCUGUCCAGCAAGGCGGUCUACCUGCACCUGUUCAAUGACUGCCUGCUGCUCUCCCGGCGGAAGGAGCUGGGCAAAUUUGCCGUCUUCGUCCACGCCAAGAUGGCUGAGUUGCAGGUGAAGGACUUGAGUCUGAAGCUUCAGGGCAUCCCUGGCCACGUCUUCCUCCUCCAUCUCCUCCCCGGGCAACACACGAAGCACCAGUUCCUGCUGAGGGCCCGGACGGAGAGUGAAAAGCAGCGAUGGAUCUCAGCCAUGUGCCCCUCCAGCCCCCAGGAGGACAAGGAGAUCAUCAGUGAGGGGGAAGACUGCCCCCAGGUUCAGUGCGUCCGGACCUACAAGGCCCUGCAGCCGGAUGAACUGACCCUGGAGAAGACUGACAUCCUGGCAGUGAGGACCUGGACCGGCGAUGGCUGGCUGGAGGGGGUCCGCCUGGCAGACGGCGAGAAGGGGUGGGUGCCGCAGGCCUACGUGGAAGAGAUCAGCAGCCUCAGUGCUCGCCUCCGCAACCUCCGGGAGAACAGGCGGGUCACGAGUGCUGCCAGCAAACUGGGGGAGCCCCCCGCAUGAUGGGCGGCUGCGGCUGGUGACACCAGCUCCAGGCCCAGCCCCUGGACAGUUCUGGAGGGGGCCUGCAGCAACAUCACGCCCUCAGCCACUGCUGCUGGCACUUCUGCUUGUGGCCCUGGCAUCGAGGGCGUGGGCUGGACACAGAGACGGCACAGGCCCCCAAAGGGUCUCCCUGUCCUUGAUGCUUCCUCUGGUGUGGGGGCCACAGUGGGUGACCUCUGAUAUCUGGAAAAGACUUGGGUCCCCUCCCUUCCGUGCCCCUGGCUGUUGGUCCUCCUGGCAGGGACCUGGCUGGGGAAGGGGCUGGUGCUGAUGGAUACGGGGACCUGUGUGUAUCGGGGGUCUCCUCCCUGGCUGGAGCCUGAGUUGCUGUGACUUGUUUGUAAAUAAACUCCCCUAAUGCCUCGGC